AUAACUUUAUCUGAUUGUUGUUUAUUUAGUCAUAAAUAAUGUUUCAAUAACUCUAGCUUUGAUUUUAAUGUACUGAAAUUUUAGGCGAGCAGAAAGACAAAGAAGAAGGAAGGAGGCGCCAAAAGAGCUCAGAGAGCCUCGUCCAACGUUUUCUCCAUGUUUGAACAAACUCAGAUCCAAGAGUUCAAAGAGGCGUUCACGCUCAUCGACCAGAACCGGGACGGAUUCAUUGAUAAAGAAGAUCUGAAGGACACAUAUGCGUCUCUGGGUAAACUGAACGUGAAGGACAAUGAGCUGGAGGACAUGCUGAGAGAAGCCACGGGGCCCAUCAACUUCACCAUGUUCCUCAACCUGUUCGGAGAAAAGCUCCACGGCACCGACCCUGAAGACACCAUCUUAAACGCCUUCAAACUGUUCGAUCCUGACGCCAAAGGCUUCAUUCACAAAGACGAAUUACAGAAACUUCUGACGACACAAGCAGACAAGUUUACACAUGAGGAGGUGAAGCAGAUGUUCCAGUCGUCCAACAUCGACACAGCAGGAAACCUGGAUUAUAAAUCUCUGUGUUACAUCAUCACACACGGGGAGGAGCAGGAAGAAUAACGAGGCUCUGAACAUAUUUCUGCUGCAGUUUGGUGGAGAAGCAUCAAGUUCAGUAUUUGUCUCUUUCUUUAAGUUUAAAAUAAAAAAGGAAAAACUGAGAA